UCACAAUCCGAUGAAAUUUAUAAUUGGCAAAAAAUAUACCGCCGAGUCGAUUCGAGUGUAGUGUACAAACCCAUUAUCGGCAAGUUAUUUAUGCUGCUUAUACAAUGCUUGCGGCAACUUUGAAAUUCUAGGGUUCCGUCAAUUUGUCUGUGCUGAAUCGACUGGCUAUGAUUCUUGCUGCAAUUUAGGGCUUGAUUGUUUGGACGAGUCAUGGGGUCUGUAUACAUUCCAGUUCACAAUUCAGAGGAGGAGGUGCGGGUGCAGCUUGAUCAGUUGCCCCGAGAUGCUACGGACAUCCUCGACAUUCUCAAGGCCGAGCAAGCCCCGCUCGAUCUUUGGCUCGUAAUCGCUAGGGAGUACUUCAAGCAAGGAAAAAUGGAACAAUUUAAGCAGAUUUUAGAAGAAGGAUCCAGUCCUGAGAUUGAUGAGUAUUAUGCUGAUGUACGGUAUGAGAGGAUUGCUAUUUUAACUGCAUUGGGGGCAUAUUACAGCUACCUUGGUCGGAUUGAGACUAAACAAAGAGAAAAGGAAGACCUCUUUCAACAGGCUACAAAGUGCUAUAGUAAGGCUUCGAGAAUUAAUGUACAUGAACCUUCAACCUGGCUUGGUAAAGGUCGGCUGUCUCUACUUAAAGGAGAGGUUGAACAAGCACACAAUGCCUUCAAAAUGAUUUUAGUAACAGAACCUGAUAAUGUUCCUGGUCUUCUUGGUCUGGCAUCUGUUCACUUCAAUCGUGGUCAAUAUUCUGAUGCGCUGGCGCUAUACAAGAAAGCCUUGCAACUGCAUCCUGGGGCUCCUGGUGUUAGAGUUGGUAUAGCUUACUGUUACUAUAAGUUGGGUAAUCAUGAAAAGGCAAGACAAGCAUUUCACCGUGUUCUGCAGGCAAAUCCAGAUAAUGUUGAAGCGCUAGUGGCACUUGGAAUUUCUGAUUUGCAAACACAUGAAGCUGCUGGCAUUAGGAAAGGGAUUGAUAAAAUGCGGAAAGCUUUCGAGAUUUAUCCUUACUGUGCAACAGCUCUAAAUUAUCUUGCCACUCAUUUCUUCUUCACUGGCCAGCAUUUCCUGGUUGAACAGCUAACUGAAACAGCACUUGCUGUAACUAUGCAUGGUCCAACAAAGGCACACUCUUAUUACAAUUUGGCUCGCUCUUACCACAGCAAGGGGGAUUAUGAAAAGGCCGCGAUGUACUACAUGGCAUCUGUAAAAGAAACUGAUAGUCCUCAUGAUUUUGUGUUGCCUUAUUAUGGUCUUGGGCAGGUCCAACAAAAGUUAGGAGAUCUAAAAAUUUCCAUGAGCAAUUUUGAGAAAGUGUUGGAGGUGCAACCUGAAAACUGUGAGACAUUGAAGGCUCUUGGAAACAUUCAUGUUCUGCUCAAGCAGUUUGAGAAGGCCCAAGAACUAUAUAAGAAAGCCAUCAAAAUUGAUCCCAGAGAUCCGGAGGCAUUUAUGGAUCUUGGUGAGCUCUUAACUUCAACAGACAUUGGUGCAGCUUUAGAUGCAUGGAAAACUGCUCAUAAUCUGCUGAAAAAAGGGAAAGAGGAAGUGCCUUUAGAAUUGCUAAACAAUAUUGGGGCACUCCAUUUUGAAAGAGGAGAGUUUGAGCUUGCUGGUGAGGCAUUUAAGGAAGCUCUAGGGGAGGGCAUAUGGUGUGACUUCUUUUAUGCUGACGGAGGAUCUAGUUCAAACAUGGCAAAGAUGGGUGCUCAUGGAGAGUCCUCCAGCAACUUGGAAGGCAGGAGUCCUGAGCAAAUAGCCCGGGCUAAUCUAAUUAUUAACACAUUAUAUCCUAUUGAUAGCAGUGCAGCUAUCCAUCAACUUAGAGACACAAAACUGUUUAAUCGACUGGAAGAACAGGGUUUAAAAAUUGAAGUUCCUUGGACAAAAGUUUCCACCUUGUUCAAUAUGGCUAGAGUGUUGGAGAAGAUACAUAAAAGUGAAUUAGCCGGUAUCCUCUACCGUCUGAUAUUGUUUAAGUUCCCAGAGUACACAGAUGCUUAUCUGAGGCUAGCUGCCAUUGCAAAAGCUCGAAACAAUGUUCAAACUAGUUUUGAACUGAUCGAUGAUGCACUGAAAGUGGAUGAUAAGUGCUUGGAUGCUUUAAUAAUGCUUGGGGACUUGGAACUUAAAAAUGAUGACUGGGUGAAAGCAAAAGAAACUUUUCGGACUGGAAGGGAGUCGACUGAUGGAAAAGAUUCUUAUACUGCUGUUUGUCUGGGAAAUUGGAAUUACUUUGCUGCAAAUCGUAAUGAGAAAAGGGCCCCAAAGUUGGAAGCUACACAUUAUGAAAAGGCCAAGGAACUGUACACUAAAGUUCUGCUGCAGCAACCUGAUAAUCUCUAUGCAGCAAAUGGCGCCGCUAUGGUAUUUGCGGAGAAAGGUCAAUUUGAUAUAGCCAAGGAUUUAUUUACGCAGGUGCAAGAGGCUGCAAGUGGAAGUUCCAAUGUACAGAUGCCCGAUGUCUGGAUUAACCUGGCACAUGUUCACUUUGCUCAGGGAAAUUUUGCACUGGCAGUGAAAAUGUAUCAAAACUGCCUGCGCAAGUUCUACAAUAAUACUGACAGCCAAGUGCUUCUGUACUUAGCACGGACACAUUAUGAAGCUGAACAGUGGCAAGAUUGUAAGAAGACUUUACUAAGAGCCAUCCAUUUGGCUCCAUCAAAUUACACAUUAAGAUUCGAUGCAGGAGUUACUCUGCAGAAGUUCUCUGCAUCCACACUACAAAAGACUAAAAGAACAGUGGACGAGGUGCGAACUACUGUGGCUGAGCUAAAAAAUGCUGUCCGUUUGUUCAGCAUGCUAUCCAGUGCAUCAAACCUUCACUUUCAUGGCUUUGAUGAGAAGAAAAUUGAAACUCAUGUUGCAUAUUGCAAGCACUUGCUCGAUGCAGCUAAUGUUCAUUGUGAGCUUGCUGAGCGUGAAGAGAUGCAGAAUAUCCAAAGGUUGGAAGUCAUGCGUCAGAUGGAGUUGGCUGAUGAAUCACGCCGAAAAGCUGAAGAGCAGAGGAAAGUUCAGAUGGAGAAGAGAAAACAAGAAGACGAAUUAAAGCAAGUUAUGCAACAAGAAAAGCAUUUGGAGCGCAUCAAGGAACAAUGGAAGAGCUCUUCCAGUUCAAAGCGGAAGGUAACCGAAGAUGAGGAAGGUGGGCAUAGUGAGAAGAGGAGGAGGCGAGGAGGCGGAAAGAGGAGAAGGAAGGAUAAGAGAUCACGCUAUGAAUCUGAGGAAGCUGAGGCAGAUGUGGAGGAUCAAGAGGAUAUAGAGUAUGAAAACACAAACAGGGAGCAAGAUGAUCAUGUGGAUCAUCAAGAGAAAGAAGAAGACAAACCUCAGGAUCUUCUUGCAGAAGCCGGUCUAGAAGAUUCCGAUGCCGAUGAUGAUGUGGGUGCAACUUCCAAUGUCCACCGGCGAAAAGCGGCUUGGUCAGAAUCCGAGGAAGACGAAGCCCCAGUGCAAAAGCAGCAGCCAGAGCCGCCUCAAAACUCUGACAUGGAGGAGAGUGAGUGAACAUCAACAGCCAGAGCCGACAAUGGAGGAGAUUGAUCCUCGAUACACGCCGGGUUUGUAAUUUCCAAUACCAUCAUUUAUAUAACUUGUGCUCUCAUGCUUUGCCAAAUAUGGAUUGCAUGUUUGAUUCUAACAAUAUGCUACUAAUUUGUUAGCGGUAUAUUGCACUUGCCUUUUCUGGCCAGAAAACUUGCACAAAGUGAAAGAAUUAUUAGAUUUUCGACUUUAUCAAA